AUGACUGCACGCAUACAGGAGGUAGCGGAAUGGCCGAGCCCCAAACCAAUUCCAGCUUUGAAAGACUACCGCGCCUCCGUCCACUGGGCUCAGCAUGCACCUAUCCUGCUCGAUAAUGGCGACACUUCGCCGCUCUACUAUGACAAUAUCGUGUCCAAAUUCAAGGACAGGAAACGCAACACAAACAUUGUGCUGUGUGGAAAUGACUGCUACGUAGACGCACAAGGUCGUGCGGCGAUCAAAAAUGCGUUUGACGGCGAUGUAGUGUGCGGCUUCGACACGAUGGAGUGCAUGCUUGAUUUCACGUUUGGAAAAUUAGGCAUAGAUACGGACCGCGUCGAACACCCCAUGAUGCUCACGGAAACGCUCUGCAAUCCAGAGUACAGUCGGGGUCCAGAAUUGAACGAACUGCUCUUUGAGGCCUACAAUGUCCCUUCGGUCAACUAUGGGCUGGAUGCGCUAUUUGCCGCGUAUCAAAAUGGGAUCCGCGACGAUGGUCUCGUGGUCUCCGCUGGGAAGAGCACGACGAUUGUCGUGCCCAUCGUGCAAGGCCGUGGUGUGCUGGAGAAUGCAAAGCGGCUUGCAUGGGGUGGCGCGCUUGCUUCCGAUUUUCUGCUGCGUCUUUUGCAGCUCAAGUACCCCAACCUUCCCCAACGCAUUACGUCGUAUGAGUCGCAGUGCAUGAUGGAAGACCUUUGCUACGUCGCGAGCGACUACGAUGCAGAGAUCCGUGCACUGAGCGUGCCCGAAAACAUGGCCGCGAUCGACCGUGUGGUCCAGCUUCCCUUUACGCCGCCCGAGCGCAAAGAAAAGACACAAGAGGAACUUGACAAGAUCACCGAGCGCAAGAAAGCAGCAAGCCAGCGCCUCGUGGAACAGACGCGCGUCAUGCGCCAAGAAAAAGCGCUUCAGAAUGAAAACGAUUUGCAGUAUUAUACCCUGCUUCGGGAAUGGAAGGAAAAAGAAUCGCCUGAGGAGUAUUUGCAGCGCCUUGAGGGCGAAGGGUUCAACUCCGAGCGCGACUUUGAAAAGACGCUAAAACGCCUCGACGAAGGGGUCCGGCGAAGUCGCGGCGAAGAAGUCGUAGAAGAAGACAAGACCCCACCCGCAGCACCGCUUGCCGACGUGCCCGACGCCGAGCUGGACGAGGAAGGCAUCAAGGAGAAGCGCCGCCAGCGCCUGCUCAAGGCCGGCUACGAUGCACGAAUGCGCGCACGCGCCGAAAAAGAAGAGGAGCAGCGUCUGCAAGCAGAAGCGGAAGCCGAAGAGCGUCGUGAACAAAAUGAAAAUCCUGAAGCGUGGGUCGCCAAGGUUCGCGCGCAAUACCAAGACUCGCUGCAACAUAUCCAGGAGCGCAAGCGUCUGCGCGAAACGCUGCCCGAUCGCAAAUCUGCGGCGGCGCAGCAGCGCAUGAAAAAUAUCACUGCGCUUGCCAGUGAGCAGGAACAAGGUUCUGGCUCGCAGCGCCGUAGGAAACGCGGAGACGACGACACGUUUGGCGCAGACGACAGCGAUUGGGCAGUAUACCGCAGUAUCAGCGACAGUGUGGAUGCCGAAGAGGAGCGCGAGGAACAGACCAAGCUGGUGUCGCUCGAAGCCAAACUCUUGGCGUUUGACCCCACCUUUACUGCUGACGAUACGUACGCCGCGAUGCUCGCGAAAAAGACGCGCCUCACCAACACAUUCAUUCGUGGGUUUGCACCGCCUUGGGACCCCGAGGACGUUGCUCAGUACCACCAAGUGCACCUCAAUGUAGAGCGCAUUCGUGUCCCUGAAAUCAGCUGGCAGCCGCUUAUUGCCGGUGUCGACCAAGCUGGCGUGGCAGAGCUGAGUCGCCAUGUAUUGCACGGUGUCGACGCGCCGUUGCGCGCACGCAUGGCGCGAAAUGUGCUGGUCACGGGCCGCUAUGCAACUCUUUCCGGCUUCGACACGCGUCUUGCCUCGGCGUUGCGCGCGAGCCUUGAUCCUGCGACGCAGUUUUCUGUCCGCCGUGCCCGCAGCCCCCGUUUCGAUCCGUGGUGCGGCAUGCGGCAAUGGGUCACAGACGAAACAGACACAUUCCGUGCCUCUUCCGUGACGCGUGCAGAGUACGAAGAAAAAGGGGAGGGCUGGUUCAAGGAGCACCCAUGGUCGGCCUGUCGAUAG